UGCGUCAAGGUAAAUGUUCGUUACAAACAUAACCCUCUAAUAAGUUAUUUUGACGUUGUUUUGCUUUUAAAAGCCGUAUUUUUAAAGAACACGCCGUUAUUAUUAAGUUUUAUCAAUUGGUUAUAAACUAUAUCGUGUUUAUUUAUAAUUUUUAUGUGUUUUACACCAGUUUAAACAAAUGAAUAAUUGAUCAAUUGGGACAAGUUGGAAGUUCAUUGCCUUCACGACGAGCGCGUGGAAAUAUGUCAAUCAAUGUAACAGUCACUGGCAAUCCAAUUAAGAUCCAUAGAGGCAAAUUAAUCACCACUGAUUUGCAACAAGAUGUUGACAAGAGAAGAAAAAUGCGCCUGCAGCAGGUGAGACAGCAGUCAAAAGAUUUUGCUGCAGCUGUAAGAAACAAUGUGAAAAAAGUCAAGAAUAAACAGCAGACAAACUUUGAAAAGCAAAAUAAUGCUAAAUUAAAAGAAUGGCAGAAUAAAAAAUUACUACAAUUACAAAAUGUGUAUGAGGAUAAUGUUAAAGACAUUGGGAUUGGCCAUGCAGGGGCACAGAUUAGUGAAAUUGAAGAAAUACAGCAGAUUGAAAGGCAGAAGAUAAUCAAUGAAGAAAUGGCUUCAAGAAGAGGCAGAAGUGCACAGGAGAUGCUACAAGUAAAGAAGAAUGAACAAAGUUUGCAGAAAGCUAUACCAAGACAGGCUAAACAGUUUGCUAGGGAAGUGGAGAAUGCCAGAGCAGCAAUGAUUGUGUCACAGUCAGCUCAUAAAACUCCAAAAAAAAAGAAGGUUACAAAGGGAAGUUUUAACAUUGAUGAAAGCACUAGUAAAGUUGUACCUGAUAAAAAUGAUGUUGAAUCUGCUGUGCCAGAAUGCAAAGAACAAAGUUCCAAUACAGAAGAAAAAGUAAUUGAACCAAUUGAGACUACAAGUUAUCAAAGAUCGGAAAGUGUUGUAACAAGAAGCCCAACAAAACGAUUUAGACAUGAAGAUACAAGUCGCGUUUCAAUUGUAUCUUUGGAUGUACCAACAGACACCCGCAUUACCGAUAGGAUACGAAGUCGCCAUCUGGUGACGGCACCAAUGAGUGACAUACCGGAAGCUUCUAAUUCUUCAGCCAGCAACUUCGAAUUCCACGAAUCAAAUCACGAAAACAAAGAAAAUAUUACAAAUAGAGUUAAAAACUAUUCAUCGUCAACUCAGCAAGGUGUUUCAAUACCACCGGAAACGCGCGAGGAAGUGGUAACAUGUCCUAUUUGUGUAAAACACGCGAAUCCAUUCGCUCACGCAUGCGCAUGCUCGCAAGUUAAUACGGGUAGACCUGUCUGUGUGCCAAGUUUAAAAGUUUGUUCGAAUACUGAAGGCAAUCAGGCUCAAAAUUUUGAAAUUCCCUCGAAACCAAGUGUGAGGCUUGCCCCGGAGAGUUAUGCCCCGCAAUAUUCUCAAAGAGAUGUGAGUUCUGGUAAUUCUAAAGAAUAUCGACGAGUUAGAAGUUACGAUCGUAAUAAUCGGUUUGGUCAUCAUUAUAUUACGGAUACUACGCAUGUACACCGCAUACAAGACGAUGAGUUGGCUUAUUCAGAUCUUGAAGCUGGUCCUUCACGUAGGCAUACUAGUGAAUUUAGCAAAAUGGCGGAUGAACGUGCGAAGAUGGCCGAUAUGCGAGGUAGAAAAGCGCUGGAGAAGGAGAAUAUUCACAAAGAUUAUGAAAAAUUGAUGAAAAGAUUACCGCUUUUGCAAAAACAAGGACGAAUUGCAAAUUUAAAUCCAUCUAAAGAUAAAUUACACAUGUCUGAGUCUAGAAAAAAGGAACAUGAGAAGUUACGGCAGGAAAAAAUGGAACGUGCGUUUGAAAAACUUGCACCAACAACUACAAUAACUAUUCCUUCUAUUUCAUCACGUGCUGCACCAUCUUCUCGUGCGAAAUCGCCUAAUAAAACACCGAAAACACCUCAAAAGUCUAUAAAACCAAUUGGCACUUGGAAGAAAACAACCGUUGAAACUUCCACAAAUGCGUCACCGGAAACAAGCAAUUUAUUAAAUUUAUUAAAAAAAUUACGCAGUCAGAAAGAAGAAUUGUUGAAAGAAUGUAAAGAUUUACCACAAGAUAGCAAUUUUUAUAAUUUUAUUGAUGAUUUAGACUUUGUCGCACGUACGCACUCAAAAAACGACAAAAAUAUUCAGACUGAACCUAGAAAACAAGCCGGAAGUGAUGUAAUGCGAAAAGUACCGAAACAAGUUUUGAUUUUACAAAAUACCAGCACGCAGACCAGCCCGAAAGUAAGUAAUACAGCUUCGUGUAAUACAGAAUCCGAUGCAGAACCGCCUCCGAAACAGCCAAAAACAGCGCAGGAUCCAAACAUUUGUAAUAAUGUUUGUUCUUGUAAGAGCCACGAUAAACUGUGUGAGAUUUUAAUUAAAAUUCGUGAUUGCGCAGCGCAUUCUGUAGAAAAAAAGCCAAGUAACAAGGAAAAUACUCAUGAAGAUAGAAGAAAAGUUGAGGAGACGUUAAAUUUAGAAACGGGAAAGUCUAGGAAAACAAAUCAUUCGAAAUCUGAUGAUAGUGAAGGUAGUAUAAGUCCAAAACGGUCUAGAUCUGAAUCACCGAAGAAAACUCCUCGGAAAGUCGAGAAUAUUAAACAAAAUAUCCCCAAAACAACAGUGAAAAACAAUAGCUGGAAACAACAUUUCUCUGUGAGUUCCGUUAGAAAUCCAGAUGAAAUAACUUCGAGUACUUCUUAUUAUAGCCCACCGGAUUAUAAUCUGCAAGCACCUGGUGAGAAACAGAAAGAAACGUUGUCCAACUUUCCUCCACCGAUAGAUAAUACAUUACUCAGUUAUAUAAACAAAAUGUUGGAGGUAUCCAAAGGUAAAUUGAAUCUCUUAGCAGCGAAUGUUUCUUCGAUUAGUGAAGUUGCAACGCCAUCUUCAAGCAUAAUCAAUAUACAAUCGAAUCGUCCACCACGUACUCAAACUGCGAAUAAACAAACCAAUCAUAAUGAUUCAACACAUAUAGAAAAAUUAACAACAUUGUUGAAGUAUUUUAAUUUAACACCGGGAGAUUUUCGGAGUUUUGUAAGCAUACAAUCCACGUCAAGUCAUUCACGGACAAGAAGUAAUUCAGUUGGAUCUUCUACUACGCAAGGUACGCAAAGUUCACAAAGUAGACAAUCACGUAGUAAUACACCCGUGAAUACUGGAUUAUCACUUGAACAUUAUACUCAAACACCGUCGAUGAAUAAUGCUCCCGUUGUGGAUCAUUUUGCGCAAUGGGCUGACCUAUGCCAAGCGAGAAUCAAUAAUUUAACAGCGAUGAUUGAUAAAGUUCGAAUGGAAAAGAAGGAAAUUUUAAGUCCUUGCGAUGAGAAGAUUGAGGCAAUUAAUAAGAGUAAUAAUUUGACUUCGUAUUUGAAUUUACCGCAAAAUCAAGAUUCGGAUUUGUCAAGUCCAGAACAGAAGCAGUUAGAUCGACAAUUGCUUGAUGUGCAAGAUGGCGCUAAGUCACAUGCGCCAGUUACUAAAGACCCAAAUGAUUUUGCGAAUUUGUUACAACUUUCAGAGAAACAUCCGGAUUUAGACCGGGAUAUUGUUGAGCGUUAUAUGAAAUUAGUAGAUGUAGAAUUGCAAGCUCAAAGAAGUAAAUCUCCUGAACGCAUGGAAAAACCAAAAAGUCCUGAGAAAUCUGUGAGUUUUAAACCAAUGCUUGAUAUUCCAAAAUUACCCAAAUUUCAACCACAACCUAGCUUGAUGACUGCUUCAACAUCCACAAGAUCUAAUGGUAAGAAACCUCCGGUGACAAAUAACGCUUUACGGUUUAAUGAUGUAAUUCAUGAGUUAUCCGCCAUUCCUGAAGCUGAAAAUUCACGUUUAUCCAAAAGUCCAUCAAGUCGCAAAUCAGCAAGCCCCCAAAAACGAUUACAAACUCAAAGAUCUCCCACUAAAUCACAAGCUUCGACUUCAAGGAAGCAAAUUAUCACCAAAAAGACUUCUGAUACGAAUUUAGACUCGCCUGCCAGUGAAAAAUCUAACGAAUCGGUUGAAUCAAUGCUUAAAACACUCGGUUUAGAUUGGGCGAUUAAUACUCUGAAGAUAAUGAACGCGGCUAAUAAUAAUUCGUCCAGUUCUACUUCAUCGAUUGAUAUUGAUCAGAAGAAGUUUAGUUAUUUGGUCAGUAAGAAUGUGUCUACAUCGACGGAGAAGACGAAUGCUUCUAUACAUGAUGCAUCCAGACUUCAGCGCACCUCGACGCCAGUACAAACGACGAAUAGUUCAAAAAGUCAGCCCAGUCAUAAGUUGUUUAAUAGCGGGGAAAGUGAAAUUUCUCCAGUUGGGAGUGGGCAGCGAGGAGGAAGGAAGGAUAAUUCGGAUAAAUCGCCGGGUUUUGAUUCGAGUCAACACACGUUUCACACGUUGCCUUCACACUCGGUUCACCAUGAUAGCGAUAGUUGACUGAUGAAUUUGUAAAAUUGAUUGUUGCAUACGUAAUGUAAUUGUACUGUAAGAAAUUUUAAUGAUUUUAAUUCUAUUGACGCAAUUGAUCUAUUGAUGGUUUGAGGCUUUGUUUUUUUUAAUAGUUAGUAGUCUUGUAUGACUUUUUUACUAUGAUUGUUUAUUAAAUGAAGGAAACGUCAUAUCAUAACAAGAAA